AUGGAAGAUUUUAGCAAGGAUGAUGUCGAUUUGACAAUAUAUUUUGAGAAAAUUACUCAUUGUAAAUAUAAGAGAGUUAAAAUACGACUUGGGUAUAUAAAAAUAGUAGAUGCAACUGAAGACAUGGUAGAUAUAACUGAAGAUGAUAAGGCACGUGCUUUCACAACUAUAACAUUUACACUUGAUAAAGUAUUGAUGGAAAGAAGUAAGAAAGAACAAAAGCAAAAGCAACUUGAGAAAUGGAGAUGGGCAUUCUUUCUACAGCAAGCAUUUUGUUCCACAAUUGAAGAGGUAGAAUCACAAAUAGUUUAUAAAUUUUCACAAAAUAAGGAUAUGGAUGAUAAGCCUGAUGUGGUUUACCUGUCUGCUAAGUACCUUCUAGUUUAUUUAGAAUGGAAUACAGUUGAAGAAAUCUGGAAAGUAUCACAAAUAACAAGUCACAAGAUUAAUCAUUUUAUUUUCUUUUUGCAAAUGGUUCAUAUGGUUGUAUUUGUCUUUUGUAGCAAAGAAAAGAUCCUGAGAGACAGACGAUUAGAUAUACCAAAAGAACUUUCAUACUCUGGUCAACAAUUUAAUGAG